AUGACAACUCUCGGUCUCUGGUCACAAGUUUUACUCCCAAACUCUCCCUCAAUCUUGGAAAUUGAUGACGACAUUAGAAUAACCAAUGUCGCUCUCUCUGAGUCUUCUUCCUCCAAGUCAAAAUCUGUUAUCAAGUUAAUGUACGAGCCACAAGACGAUUCUGAAAGCGAUGAAGAAGCUGAAGAGCAAGCUGCUGAUAAGACUUCCCAAGAAGUUGUCCUUUGCUCUUUAAUCCCUGGCCAAAUCGAACAAGUCUCACUUGACCUCACCAUCACCGCAAACGAUCUCGUUUCUAUCUCUGUCACCGGCAACAACGAAGUUCACCUCCUCGGUAACCUCGUCUCUCCAAAUCUCCCACACCCACAAGACGGCGACAGCGAUGAUGACGAGAGUGACUUGGAUGAGGAUGAAAUGCGCGCCCUCUACGGUCAAGAUGUUAGCAUGGAUGAUGACGAGGAAGACGACGAUCAAGAAGAUGGCCCUAAGAUUGAGGAACUUCCUGACGAGCCUAUCUCCAAGCCAUCAAAGAAGCGCGCCGCGGAAGAAGCUCCAGCCAAGCCAUCCAAGAAGGAGAAGAAGGAGGCUGCUGCUGAAAAGAAGGAAGAACCAAAGAAGGCUGAGAAGAUUGAGAAGACCGAAAAGAAAGAAAACAAAGAUGAAAAGAAGGAAGACAAACGUGUAACUCUCUCCAACGGCGUCUCCUACAAAGAUGCAAAGAUCGGUGAUGGCCCUGUCGCCAAAUCUGGUAAGAGAAUUGGCAUGAGAUAUAUCGGUCGCGUUCUAAAGGAUGGCAAACCACAAAAGAAGGUGUUUGACCAGAACACUAGUGGAAAGCCUUUCAGCUUCCGUGUUGGCACCGGUGAAGUCAUCUCGGGCUGGGACACUGGUGUGUUGGGCGCUGUCAAUGGUAAAGGUGGCCAACCAAUGCGCGUCGGAGGUGAAAGAACCCUUUACAUCCCAUCAAAGCAGGCUUACGGUAACCAAGCCUUGCCAGGUAUUGGUAAGAACGCUGACAUGACUUUCGAAGUCAAAUUGGUCGAAGUCAAAUAG